UCGGCCAGCGACAAUGUGUGACAGUUUCUGAGAAAGAGAGAUGCGGGAACAACUAUGACAAUUAUGUUUUUCAUAAAAUUGAAAGACAAAUUGCAGUAUUAGAAUUUGAACUGUAACUGAAAUGCGGGCUGAUUACUAACUUGGAAAAAAAACUGAAUGCAGAUUUAAUUCUUCAUUAAGGAGCAACAAGGAUGCCUAACUUUAAAAAAAAGCCACUGGUAUGCUGCUGUUCACUGAGCAUUACAAGGCUGUAAAGCUGCCAUUUUUAUUUUGGCUUUUGCAUCUGAUGGUUCGUUGCAGAGGAAGUACAGACAGUUGGAUAGGAACGGACCGUUAGUGCCUGAACAGUGCGACUCGAGGCAAACAUUGUUGCGAUGGAGGCAAUUGGAGUCUCCUACUCAAAUCCUUUGGAUGACUACGAGUUGCUUCACCGAAUCGGCAGUGGUACAUACGGAGAUGUAUUUAAGGCACGAAACCUGAAGACAUCAGUGAUAUCUGCAAUCAAAGUUGUAAAACUAGAUCCAGGUGACGAUAUCUCAUCUAUCCAGCAGGAGAUCACUAUGAUUAAGGAAUGCACUCACAAGAACAUUGUGUCCUAUUUCGGCAGCUACCUCAGAAAUAACAAGCUGUGGAUCUGCAUGGAGUACUGUGGAGGAGGUUCCCUGCAGGACAUUUAUCAUGUUACUGGUCCCCUGAAUGAGAGGCAGAUUGCGUAUGUGUGCAGGGAAACGCUACAGGGACUGCGUCACCUGCAUGAAACUGGGAAAAUGCACAGAGACAUCAAGGGAGCCAACAUUCUCCUGACAGAGCGGGGAGAUAUUAAACUGGCGGAUUUUGGUGUUGCAGCUGAGAUCAACGCCUCAGUUGCGAAGAGGAAAUCCUUCAUAGGCACGCCUUAUUGGAUGGCACCAGAGGUGGCAGCAGUGGAGAAAAAAGGCGGGUACAACCAGCUGUGCGACAUCUGGGCAGUUGGCAUCACGGCCAUCGAGCUGGCAGAGCUUCAGCCGCCCAUGUUUGACCUGCACCCCAUGAGGGCCUUGAUGGUAAUGUCAAAGAGCAACUACCAGCCCCCCAAACUGAAGGAGAAGACCAAAUGGUCAGCUGACUUUCACAACUUUGUGAAGAUAUGCCUGACCAAGAACCCUCGCAAACGGCCCACAGCGGAAAAACUUUUAGAGCACCCCUUUGUCAGUCAGCUGCUGACCAGGACCCUGUUCAUUGAACUGCUGGACAUGGCCAGCAACCCAGAUCUGCACAAAGCACAGGCUAUGGACGAGAGUGAUCUUGACACGUGCAGUGCAUUCCCUGAUAAGAUCCAGUCUUUAGGGAAACACCUGACAGCACACAGGACUCCAUCCGAAGAACAGUUUGGUCAGCUAAAGUUUGGCCCUCCCAUGAGGAAGGAGACUGAACCUCCUGACCAGGGUUCAUAUGACGAGUGGAGCAUUACAGACGACCAGAAGAACUCCCCGUGCAGAAGUCUACUGGAAUGUGUUGAAGAAGCAUUACUUGAAAGGAGUUUAACCAUAAAGAGAGCGCCCUCUGCUGAGCACUCUCCUGAAGAUGAGGAUAUGGAUAAAUGUGGCACAGUGAGAAGUGUGGUGCCGAGGAAUUCUUCCCCCCUGCCUGCACAGUCAACUGGCCCGAUUAAAUCAACUGCCAACUGUGACUUCACUCCUCCAACUGUCACACCUCCAUUCACAGGGAUGGCUGAACGAUCUCUCUUCAACUCUAGCAUCUUCUCUGACUCCACAUUUCCCUUUCCGUCCGAAGCAGAGGGCACCCUAUCAGACGGACAGUCUCCACCUUCUCCAUGCUCUCCACUAUGGAGCACGCUCAGUAGGAAACCUGAGGACUCUAGAGGCGAUUGCCAUGGACUUCCGCGUACGCCCAAAGUCCACAUGGGGGCAUGUUUUUCCAAGGUGUUUAACGGCUGUCCAUUAAAGAUCCACUGUGCUGUCACGUGGGUCCUGCCUAAAACUAAAGAUCAGCACCUAAUCCUGGGGACAGAGGAGGGCAUUUACACCCUGAACCUCAACGAGCUCCAUGAGGACACCAUGGAGAAGUUGUUACCUCAGAGGUGCAGCUGGCUGUAUGUCAUGAACAACGUGCUAAUGUCUAUCUCAGGGAAAUCAUCCCAGCUGUGCUCCCAGAGGCUGACCACCCUUUUUGAUCAGCGCAGACAGAAGAGACAGGGCCACCUGUCCAUCAACACCCACCGCCUCUCAGAGAGGAUCAAUUCCAGAAAGUUCUCUGUGUCUGGAAAGAUAUCAGAUACCAAAGGCUGUCGACGCUGCUGUGUUGUGCGAAACCCGUACACUGACAGCACAUUUUUGUGUGCGGUUGUACCAACUGGACUUGUCCUACUUCUGUGGUAUGAGCCCCUUCAGAAGUUCAUGAAACUCAAGAAUGUAGCCGUGAGUCUCCCAGAAACCCUCCCCAUCUUUGAGCUGCUUGUCCUGGAGACAGACGAGCUGCCACAGCUGUGUGUGGGGGUGAGGGGGCCACGGGUCCCUGUCAACGACUCUGAGCGGAUCCACUUUGACAUCAUCCACCUGAAUGACACACCCAGAGCAAAGUCAGGUACUGCAGAUCAUCAAUCUCUGAAGGUGAUUCAGGUGACACAGCUGGACAGAGACACAGUCCUUAUUGCUUUUGAAAACUCUUUGAAAAUUGUGAACAUGGAUGGCAACCCAACAACAGGGAUGACCUCAAAGUUGACCUUCGACUUCACCAUUGAGACUCUCGUUUGUUUGCAGGACAGUGUGCUGGCCUUCUGGAAGCAUGGACUUAAAGGGAUAAGCCUGCAUAAUAAUGAGGUCACACAAGAGAUCACAGAUGAAAGUCGAAUAUUCAGAGUCUUGGGAACCUCAAGGGACAUUAUCUUGCAGAGUACUCCCACGGACAAUCCAUCUGCCUUAAGCAACUUGUACAUCCUGACAGGUCAUGAAAGUAGCUACUGAUGAAAUCGGAGAAUGGAGGACAUUUUGUCCCCCACUGCUUUUAAAAAGGCAAGCGCAAGGUCAAUAUGUACGGGGAAAAGAGCGAGGCAGCCGACAGUGGCGAAGAGUUGGCCAAAUAGACACACCAGGGACUGAGUUUUGAUUGGAGUGUUGUGUCCUCAACGCUUUUUCACACGCAACUGCCAAAUGGACCUUUUGAAUAUGGUCCAGAACAAUGCCAGUGGUCGUCUAGGCUGCAUGAAGACCUUGGCAUUGCAGUCAAGGAUUUUAAACCGCACUUGGGAAUUCCUCAGACUGGUUAGCUCCGGAUUGUCUGUAUACAGCCCUGCAAUAUAGGGCUGUUGUGAGUACUGAAGACAAACAGCACCAAGUGUCUUGGGAUUGAGGGGGAAAGCAGCUGGUAUCAUGUAGCUUUGUGUGUGGAGACUACCUGACAAGAGUAUGUGGUGUAAAACACUUUACAAGCAGAAAUAAUGGUCUGCUGUUUUGCUGUGGGAUGGUUAAAUACAGUACCUGUCAAAAGUUUGGAAACACCCAUUCAAGUGAAUGGGUAAGUGUGUCCAAACCUUUGACUGGUACUAUAUAUAUAUGACUUAACUGAGUAGAUUAUUGUAAUUAUUAUUUUUUUUAAUAGUAAUGUUAUUAAAUGUUAACAAUAUUUAUGGAGGCUUAUAUAUGUUUUGUGCUAUAAAACUGGCUACCCAAAAUAAUAAAGGUGGGCAGAGAUAUUCGGUUCAGAAUUUUA